UACUGCGUAUAACGAUAAAUAAAAAAAAAUUGAACUUUGUACAACAAGAUUGUUUUGUACUUAUAAAUGAAAAUGAAAUAAAUAAUUUAGUAUAAGUUUAACAAGAAAAGAAGAAUGAGUAAAAUUGAAAAAAAAAUAAUAGUUUUAGAUGGUGGUUUUUCAACUCAAUCAUCAUUUCAUGUUGAUCAUGAAAUUGAUGGUGAUCCAUUAUGGACAGCUCGUUUAUUAGCAACAUCACCAGAUGCUGUUGUUGCAACACAUCUUGAUUUUUUACGUGCUGGUGCUGAAAUAAUACAAACAAAUACAUAUCAAGCAUCAAUUGAAGGAUUUGUUAAAUAUUUAGGUAUUAAUAAAAAUGAAAGUUUAAAAUUAAUAUAUAAAGCUGUUGAUCUUGCUGAAGAAGCUGUUAAAAUAUAUUUAGAAGAAAUUAAAGAUGAAAUAAAUAAUAUUAAAAAUUUACAUCCAUUAAUUGCUGGUUCAUGUGGUCCUUAUGGUGCAUCAUUACAUGAUGGAUCAGAAUAUACUGGUGAAUAUGCAAAAUCAAUAUCAAAAGAGCUAUUAAAAAAUUGGCAUAAAAUAAGAAUUGAUGCACUUAUUAAAAGUGGAGUUGAUUUAUUGGCACUUGAAACAAUACCAUGUGAAAUUGAAGCAAUAGCACUUAUUGAACUUCUCAAAGAAUAUCCAAAUGUCAAAGCAUGGCUUUCAUUUUCAUGUAAAAAUGAUGGUAAAUCAAUUGUUGAUGGAAGUAACUUUCAAAAUGUUGCACGUUAUUGUUAUGAAAAUAGUUUACCUGGACAAAUUAUUGCUGUUGGAAUAAAUUGUAUUGCACCAAGUAUUAUUACAUCAUUUUUUCGAGGUUUUAAUGAUAAUAAUAAACAACAUAUACCACUUAUUGUUUAUCCAAAUAGUGGUGAAACAUAUACUGUAGCAACUGGCUGGCAAAAAUUUGGUACAGAACCACCAAUUGAUGGUUUUGUUCAUGAAUGGCUUGAUCUUGGUGUUGAAUUUAUUGGUGGAUGUUGUAGAACUUAUGCCAAAGAUAUUAUUAAAAUUAGAGAAAAGGUACAAACAUGGAAAAAGACUAUUAAUUAAUAAUAGCAAUUAUUAUUUUAUGUAUCUUUUUAUUUAUUUUUUUUUAAAUAAAUAAAUAUAUUUUCAUUUUAAU